AUGGACGACACCAUCCGCCAAGAGGCCAAGACCGCCUUUGAUCCGGUCGAACUGGACCAGGAGCUCGGGCAGCCCUGGAGACCGGCCGGCACGAGCCGACCCCAGAACCGCAUGAUCCGCCUCGCCAAGUCGUGGGUUUGGCCGCCGGCGCGGCGGAGAGCCACCUCUGUCCGCCCGACCGCGUACCUGGACGGCCUGCGAGGGUUCGCCGCCCUCAUCGUCUACUUCCAUCACCACGAACUAUGGGUUCACGAGAGGCUCAAGCAAAACGCCAUUUUCGAGAACGCAUGGGGAUACGAAGGCAAUUACUGCCUCGCGUCCUUUCCGGGCAUUCGAAUCUUCUUUACCGGGGGCCACUAUGCGGUGUCGACAUUCUUCGUGCUGUCGGGCUACGUUCUGUCCAUCAAGCCGUUGCAGUUGAUCGACGCCGACGAUAUGGUCGCGCUGGGGGACCACCUCGCCUCUGCCUUCUUCCGACGCUGGCUGCGGCUAUUCCUGCCGCUCAUGAUAGUCAUGUUUCUAUACGCAACAUCCUGGCACAUUUUCGGGCCCCCGACCGACGGCGCCACCCCGCAAGGCAGCUGGCGAUCGGAGAUGUGGACACUAUAUGCCGAGUUCAAGAAUUUCAGCUUCUUAUACCGGGAUGGCGGCAUCCCCUGGCUCUCCUACAGCAUGCACCUCUGGUCCAUUCCGGUUGAGAUGAAGGGUUCCAUGGUCAUAUACGCCUCCGCGCUGGCCUUUUCGCGCAGCACGGUGACUGCGCGUCUCUGGUGUCAGCUUGCGCUAAUUGGGUACUUCCUGUACAUCACGGACGGAUGGUACUGCGCCAUGUUUGUGGCGGGAAUGCUGCUUGGCGACCUGGAUCGCCUUGCCAAAUCGGACCGGCUGCCUCGGCUUUUAUCCCAGCUUCGGCCCUUCAAAACCUUCAUCUUCUAUCACCUCUUCGCCGUCAGCCUAUAUCUCGGCGGCAUCCCGUGCGAGAACCGCGAGGUCGAGCAGCUCGCCCGCAACCGCGGCUGGUACUAUCUCUCGUACCUCAAACCGCAGGCGGUCUUUGACUACAAGUGGUUCUACCUCUUUUGGGCGGCCAUCUUCCUCGUGUCAUCCGUGGCACACAUCAGAUGGCUGAAGCGCUUCUUCGAGACGCGCUUCUGCCAAUACCUCGGCCGGGUUUCCUAUGCACUCUACUUGGUCCACGGCCCAGUGCUGUGGACCGUUGGAGACAGGCUCUAUCAGUCAAUUGGCCUGACCGCACAAGAUCAGGACUCCGCUCUGCCCUGGGCAAAGAAGAUGGCGCUUCCGCGAGCGGGCCCCCUUGGGCUCGAAGCGUCGCUGCUUAUGGCGCAGAUCCUGUUGCUCCCAGUGACGAUGUGCCUAGCGGACCUUGGCACCAGGGCGUUUGACACGCCGAGCGUGCAAUUUGCGCAGUGGCUUUACCGGAGGACGCUGCCGAAUGAGCGCGAAAAGAGGAGCAAGGCGUGA